AUGGCGUCGAACCGCACACCGCGAACUCCGACAGAAGGCGACAAGAGUAUUCAAAGACCAGCGGGCGACGGCCAGUUCUAUCUCUCACGGAGCAAUCCUGCUGUUGAACCGGCCCAUGCCACUCCUCCUCUAGACGGCCCCUCCGCGCUGCUCGGGUUAUCUGAACACCCUCAUUCGAGCCACCGCACGGCUGACACAGCGUCUUAUAACGCCCCGGCCUGGUCGCGCCAGUCGCCUUCGUCCACCUCAGACUCGUCAGCAGGGCAGAUGAUACCCCCGACGUCGUCAUUCUACGACCCUGAACAGGCUGUUGCCCAGGACGCACCAGAUUACCAGCAGUGGAUUGAUGCUUACAGCCAGGGACAGAUGCAGUACCCAGGUAAUGUGCCUAACCAGAUGACCGCGGGCGGCUACCAGCACGGGCCGCCGCACGUUGGCGACGCCCUCCACCCGCCCAUGCACCACCCGAGCUCGCAGCUGCAGGGCCAGUUCCAUUUUGUGCAGAACCCCCACUAUCCCACAAACCAUUUCGACCAAGACCACCCUGCGUACCAGCCCCGAACUCAGCGAAGAAUACCAGCGACGAGUGCCGUAUCACGGGGCCAUGGGGCACAACCGACGGGCAGUGCGGGCGACAUGUCCGCUAGUGCCCUUCAUGGGGCUAUCUCAUAUCAGGAUUAUCAAGCGCCUAACCGCUCGCCGAACGAGCCCGCGUUUUAUUAUCCCUCGAACAACUUCGAGUAUCCAUCAGAGAGCCAACAGGCUCAUUACCCCCACAGCCAGCCGCACAGCUCUUCAGAACCCAUGUCCGCGUCGACCAAUUACACGCCGUUGUCAAACUACGCAGAGCUGCACCAGUCGUCGGUGUCACCCCCUGGGGCCGCCUGGCAGGAUGACAGCGGGCAAUCGGCGCAUCCUGCGCACACCGCACAGAGCGUACCUGCACCAUCGCCGUCUUCUCUCGGAGGAUCCUUUGCCCGAUCACACCAGCCGGCUCAGAUAAAUAGCAGUGCUGGUGGACCGGCUCAGCGCCUUGUCGUCAAUACUGAGGGCGCAAAAGCAGCACUUGCGACAGGCAAGCGGCCACGCGGCGCUGCCCCCGCAGCGGCCGGUGGUCGAGGCCGGAAGCGCACUCGCAAAGAUGGCGGCGAAGGUGGCGGCGACAGCGACAGCUCGAGCGACGACGAUAUUGGUGGCGGUGCUGGACGCGCCAUGGGGAGACAAAGUCGACUGUGA